AUGAAAUCCCACCCUCUCAAUCUUGCCGCCUGCUUCGCUGUGAUGUUCCCUUUCAUCACCACAGUAUCUUCCCUCAACUUCUCAUCAAGCACUAGCUCAGGAAAUGCCUCAACCCCAACCUUCAGCAACUCAACCUCCUUCUCCAACACAACAACACCAUCUCUCGCCUGCCCAGACAACACCGACGUCUCCUCAGAUCUAUACCACCCAUUCCUCCUCUACGCCAUCUCAGAGAACAACAUCUCAUCCGUCACCCUCCUCAACAGCGAUCCCCUAGGCUCACUAUUCCACAUCUCAGGCUCGAAAGACUCCCUCGUCGACAACCAAGGAGUCUUCACCCUCCACAACGGCGACUUACAAGGUGGAUUGGACAACCAACCUCACAACGCGGGAAAUUGUACGAUUCUCAGCGCCGGCUUCGGAGAUUUCGUCGUUGACUUCCCGAGUUGUGCUGUCAAUGGAUCGGGUGCUAUAACGAAUGGGACGGGCGUAGGGAUUAUUGGUACGAAAUGGAUAGCCAGACCAGCUUGUGUCAAUCAGCAGACUGCCGUUAUCUUGCUGCCUGAUCUGGGUCCAAACACCACGACGAAUGAUACUUAUUUCCAUGCCAUUCCGUCAGCGCCGCCUUUGUUGUUCCAUACUGAGCAAGACUCGGUGGACUUUUAUCCUGUUGCGUAUUUGGUCGUGGUGGAAGCUGCUAUUGAAGAUUUGAAUCAACCUUUCGCGCUUUCUGCGCGCGAGGAUUUCGAGGAGUUUGGGUUUCCUGAUGAUUAG